AUGGCAGUGACGGUGGAGAUCACGCGGAGCACGGUGCUCGAGCCCUCGCCGGAGUCGGCACGUGGUGGCGGAAAGAAGGUCCCACUCACCGUCUUCGACCGCGCCUCCACCGACGGCUACAUCCCGGCCGUCUUCGCCUGGAACGGGCCGGCGCCAACCAACGACGCGCUCAAGGACGGCCUCCUCGCCGCAGUCGCAAGGUUCCCGCACCUCGCUGGGAGGUUCACCUCCGACGAGCACGGCAGGAAGUGCUUCCACCUCAACCAGGCUGGGGUGCUCGUCCUCGAGGCCACCGCCGACGCGGAUCUCGCCCACGCGCUCGCGCACGACGUGGCCGCGCACAUCAACGAGCUCUACCCCAAGGCUGACAGGGAACGUGAGGGCGAGCCGCUCUUCAACGUGCAGCUAACGAGGUACGCAUGCGGCGGGCUGGUAAUCGGCACCGCCUGCCACCACCAGGUCGCCGACGGCCAGUCCAUGAGCGUCUUCUACACGGCCUGGGCCGCCGCCGUCCGGACCGACGCGGCCGUCCUCCCCACGCCCUUCAUCGACCGCUCGGCCACCGUCGUCGCCCGCAACCCGCCGGCGCCGGCGUUCGACCACCGGAACAUCGAGUUCAAGGGCGAGCGCAGCUCCACCCACGCCUACAGGGUCCUCCCCAUGGACAGGAUCGAGAACCUCGCGGCGCACUUCCCGGACGAGUUCGUCGCCGGCCUCAAGGCCCGCGUCGGCGCGCGCUGCAGCACCUUCCAGUGCCUCCUCGCGCACGCGUGGAAGAAGGUCACGGAGGCGCGGGACCUGGCGCCGGACGACUUCACGCACGUCAGGGUGGCCGUCAACUGCCGUGGCCGCGCAAAGCCUCCCGUGCCCAUGGACUUCUUUGGUAACAUGGUGCUCUGGGCGUUCCCGACGAUGCAGGUCAGGGACCUCCUCUCCUCCAGCUACGCCGCGGUCGUCGCCGUCAUCCGCGACGCCGUCGCGCGCGUCAACGACGACUACAUCCAGUCGUUCGUCGACUUCGGGGAAGCGGAGCGCGGCGGUAUCGAAGAUGGCGGCGACGAGCUAGCGUCCACGGCGGCGACGCCGGGCAUGGUGUUUUGCCCUGACCUUGAGGUGGACAGCUGGCUCGGCUUCCGCUUCCACGACCUCGACUUUGGCUACGGCCCACCAUGCGCCUUCCUGCCGCCGGACCUGCCCAUCGAAGGGAUUAUGAUCUUCGUGCCAUCAUGCGCCGCCAAGGGCGGCGUCGACUUGUUCAUGGCGCUAGAUGACGAGCACGUCGACACCUUCAGGCAGAUCUGUUACUCCAUGGACUAA